AUGCCCUGUCAUUCUUCGAGUCUAUUUCUUCCUGGCCCUGUCUACCUUUUUCUUACGCCGUACAUCGUCUCCACAAACCACAUAGUUUGAGCGUGACAAGGCAAGAUCUUGCAAUGCCGCCCGUGACCGCGGAGUCUGCGCCUAAAAGGCGUAAAAUUCGCAAGGGCACAACAAGCUGUUGGGAGUGUAAACGAAGAAAGAUUCGUUGUCAAUUCUCAGACCACUCCCAAGACAUCUGCAUCGGAUGCCAGCGCCGUGGCACCGCUUGUCGGACUCAAGAAUACGACGACGAUGCAUUAGAACAGAACCGAACGACCGGAAAACAGCAGGAGACAGAGGAGAAGUUGCGUAGGGCCGAAACGUUACUGGAACAGAUGACACAGGUGGUCAGCCUCCUCACGCCGGGAACAGAACGACUAUUCCAGAAUCGGGAUGCCUCCAGAUCCGCGAGUGAACAAGCACCCCGAAGGUCGGACUCCACACAACCGGAACCACCGUCAAGGUCUUUAGCUACCACACCCUGUCUGAGCAUUCAAGUAUUCGACAGUGUCAUUGUAUGUCUGAGCCCCCCUCGCGUCAAGCCCGACUCUGACGGAAGAGCUAGUUCGACGACGAAGACUAUUCACUGCAGAAUAAUCUACCGAAAGCCAAUGAAAGUAUCGAUGAAGAACGUUUACAAUUGUCUCGUACGAUCCAUGCAUUGCUACCAUCACAACGAGAUGCGGAUUCGAUAA